AUGGAUCGAGCCAUGGACUUGAGGGACAUGGACUUUGAGUCUGCCAUCGUCGACGACGAUAAGGACGUCGACUUUGUCGGACACGCCGUCGCGACUCCACACCUGCUCGGCCGCUCGCCCUUGUCCAAGACGCGCUCCAUGUCUGACGGAGGAGGGACCCCGUCGAAGCUCACUCCUUCGCCGCACAUCGCCGACGGUCGCCAGGCAUCCAAAGACGACAAUCACAUCAGGGACACAACCACGACGCCCGUCACUCCCCACCGGUCCGAGUUCCCCCUCCGCGGCCUCACGCUGCAGAUGCCCACGAACCGUGACCCGGCCUCCCCUGCAUCGACCUCGUCCGCCGCCUUUACGAAACCCGCACCUCUGUCGCCGAAGCUCGACCACUCCCAGAUUUACGCAAGCCCGACCAACAUACUACCGCGUCGCUCCCGCGGCCUCGACUUCUCGCGGGCUGCCACCAGCCUGCAUCACUCGACCCUCGCCGAGUCGUCGCCCGACUCAUCGCCCACCAUCGGAGGAAGAGGCAUGAACAUCCCGGGCCGCAGGAGCAAUGAUUACGGGCAGGCCGAGCAGACGACCAACUCUCUGUGGUCCAUGAUGGGGAACCACGAGCGCAUGACCGUGUCCAGCUCGCUGGGCAGCGCGAACCAUCUGGGGUCAGAUUCUUCCUCGUCUUCCGACGACGACGACCUCAUGGACGAGGAUACGGAUGAACCCUACCUCGGGACGCCGCAAGCCAACAAAACCGCCACGCCGCUCGGUAUCCAGCCAAUGAUGGCACCGUGGGGAGGCUCUCCUGCAAUGAACAGCCUCAUGAGCUUCCAGCACAGGCAACGGCAAAGGAAACAGCCAAAGAAGAAGCACAAGCUGCCGCUGGGACUGGGAUUCAGCCCCUCCACAAACGCCGGCGUCUCAAAAUCGCCGCCCAGCACUAUGCCGAAAGACAUGUCGGGCCACAACCGCCGGGAGAGCAUCAGCUGGCAGGCGAACCAACUUCACAUAUCCGGGAGUGAGGAAGAGCGGGGCGAUAACAUUGACGGCGUUCUCACGACCCCGAGUCGCGACGGACAGCGUCCCACCGUCAUGCGACGCGUCGUCACACGUCGUGGCAACUUGUUGCCCAAGACGAAGAAUUUCGCUCGUAUCAGGGCGGCCUUGUUCGAAGAAGGAGCACCUGUGGAGACGGAAACUCAACGAGAGGCCGAGGUCGUCCGUCAAGUGCGUGAGAGCGACGUCGAUCUUGGGGGACCUCGUCAGCAGACGGCACCGGCCACCACGCACUCCUCGCCGAAUCUCGGCGCCCAAGACCAGUCUCUGGACGAUAUACCAGAAAGCAUGAUCACAGAAUCGGCCCUCAACCUCUCGGGUAGUUUUAAGCAACAGGCCUUGAAGAAUUCGAAGGGCACCAAGUUCUGGGACACGUUUUCCGAAUCGAGCAGCAUCGGUGCCCGCACAACACCACCACCCCCGAACGGUCUGCCCCGCGGCUCGUCUUCGGGGAUGAGCGAAGACAUAUGCAUGGACUCGCCGUCCCUCGGGCCCACGGCGGGUUUUGCCAUGGCCGCCAGCAGCGGUGAAUCUCAAAAGGGCGACACCCCUCUGCUCGCGCAAGGCCCGCAAUCGGCGCCCAGCGCCGCAGACAUCACACGCCGCAUCAACAGCAAGCGCCGGCGGGACGACGACCACGACCCGGUCAGCCUCAAGCGCCGAGCCGUCAGCCCCGGCAUGAGCGUGCACAACUCGCCCAUCAUGCAGAGCCCCAUGCAGCGCGAGAUGGCGCCCUGGGGAUCGCGCCCCGGCAGCAACAGCGGCGACCGCGGCGGAAGCGGCGCGCCGAGCGAGUCGGGCAGCCUAGGAGGCACGCCCGGCAGCGGCGCCAACGCCAACGCCAACGGCCGGGUGAACGGCAACAAGGGGCGCGUCGGGUUCCAGGGCAUGGUCGACACCAACGACGGCCUGAUGCGGAUGAGCAUCGAGUGA